AUGUCCUCCACUCCAGUCCUAAACGUCGGCAUCCUAGGCGCCACCGCCGCCACAGAAUCCAUCUACAUUCCACUCCUCUCCUCCCUCCCGACACACUACACCCUCACCAUCAUUCACACAACACAUACCGAUACCCAAAACAACCUCAACAGCUCUAUCACCACAACCACAAAUCCCGACGAAGUCAUCAACCACCCCGACAGCACCCUAAUAAUCAACCUCCUCCCCUUCGACCACCAUGAAACAUACACCCUCGCCGCCCUGGAAUCAGGAAAACACGUCAUGGUCGAAGCCCCCCUCAGCCUGAGCAUCCACGGUCUACGCCGAAUCCGAGAUGCGCGAAAGAAAGGCUCAACAAAGAACUCGAACUUGAACUCGAACUCGAGUUCUCAAGACGAGAACAGCAAGAGCGCAGGGCCAAAGGUCUUCGUCGGAUGUGUCCGUCGCUACGCGCCUUGUUUCAAGGAUAUCUUUAAAGCAGAACUAUCCACCCUGGGAAGAGUGUACUACGCGCGUUGCAGAAAUAUCACCGGUCCUUCGGUGCCUGCUCUCACUAACACACCUGGAAACGGAUACAUCAAUGGCACCAAUGGGGUAAACAAUUCACUUCUCCCCUCGUCGUCCACUGCACGCCCCCAGCGUAUCCACGCUCUUCUCGCUGACAUCUUCGGUUCAAACGAAGACCUCACCCGCGACCGCGAGGCCUUCUGUCGUUUCCUCGGAACCCUGGGCGGCCACGAUCUCUCCCUGAUCCGCGAGAGUCUGGGUUUUCCAGACGCAGUAUCGAAUAUCUCCAUUAUCGAGCCGUUUUACUCGGCAAUGUUCCAUUACACGGAUAAUACCCGUGGAACGGGUUAUCCGUUUACCUUGGUAUAUGAGGCUGGUGUUGAUGGGGUUCCGAGAUCAGAUGCCCAUUUAACUGUUUAUGGGGCGAAGAAGACGCUGAGUAUUGAGUAUGAUUUUUCUUCCGGUGCGAUGGAGGGAAAUGUUGCUGCGAGGGUUGUUGUUGAGGAAGCUAUUAGUGGAUCCGUCGAUGAUGUCGAGAUGGCGGAUUCAAGAGAUGGGAAGGUGAAUGGCAACGCCGGCCAGAAUGGUCAUGUCAAUGGAAAUAGCGUUGCGAAUGGACAUUCCCCCACCACGCGUCCCAGAAUGAAGAGAACCGAGUUCGUGAGUACCGCCAGGGAAGCUUAUGAGCAGGAAUUCCUUGCCAUGCAUGCGUAUCUGGUGGGUGAUUCUGGAGACGCGGGUGUUGAGGCUAAGACUACUGCUGAAGAUGCACUGGAUGAUCUGAAGCUUAUGCAUAUGAUCUUUGAUCAUUAUGAUCGGCAGUGUGGGACGAUUCGGACUCCGUUGGGCUGA